ACCAAAAUGUCAUAAAUCAAAUUUACUAUUUAACAAAUAUUUUAGUGGAAAUGUGAGCUUUAAAAUAUAAAAUACUAAAUAAUUUGUGAGGGUGGCUCGACACGGGGUAAAAACGUUUAUGAAGAAAAGGAAGGGAAAGAUCAAAAUGGAUUGUCGUGCCCGAAGGAAUCGUAGAAUGCGAGGCCGCUCUUGCAACCCUUCUUGUUUAGACAUCGCGGUGGAGCAGUGCAAUAAGCCCUGGAGUUUUAUGAGCAGCUGCUACAGCUUCCUAAUAUUGUCGAGUCUUAUAGGGGUCAUUUACCUAAUGCUAGAUUAUCACUGCUCUACGUGCUCUUCGAAAUGUGAUAUAAACCAUAUCAAUAGGAGCAUUGAAGACAUCUCGAAAAAUUUAGCAAGCAUGAAAAACAGUUACUUCGAUUUGGAACUGAAGGUGUCUCGGGUUUCCCAGGAACUACCGAAACUGGAAGGACAAUUUGAAAUUAUAGAAGCUCUAGCUUCUGCAUUGGAUAGUAAAGGCGCGGCCUGGGAUCCGAGAACUAGCCUCCCACUCCCCAACGUUGAUGUGUGUCUGAACAAAGCUUUGAAGUUAGGAAAAAAUGCUAGCAAAUGCGGCUGCCCAAAGCGUUUACCGAAAAUUUUAAAAUGACAUUCAAUUGAUGUUGUUCAGUUAAUAAGCAAACAGUCAAUAGGUCGAAUAAAAACAUGUUAAACGAAGUGAUUAUUAUUAAAAUAAUUUAUUUACAAAAAUAAAG